CCAGUCGUGAGUGUCAAUCGGACUCAUGGACUGUUGCGGAUGCACUCAGACUUGUCCGUUUGGUUGCACGGCACACAGCACCGAGCUAAGUCGACGGCGACAUAGCUUCCUACAACCAUUUCCCGACGGCUUCAGCACAUCUUCACUUCACUCCUUUCUGCUGUUGCAUCGUCUUGUGAACCUUUGAAUCGCACUCGUAGCGACGUCCCUUGCUCCUAGCCUCACGCAAAGCAGCCGAUAGAGCGCCGUGAUAGCACGACCAAGGGUCGCCUGACCCCCUACUCUUCGUCCCUUCUACACUCGACCCACCGCACUCGACACACCUGCCUCCGGUACCAUUCAAGAUGGGCGACAAGCCCAUCAACUUCAACGAGCAUGUCCAGCUCACUGCGCUGGGCAUUCAGCCCGAUAGCAUCAGCUUUGCAAAUGUGACGAUGGAAAGCGAACGCUUUGUUUGCGUUCGAGAAAAUGUCAAUGGACAAAAUAGCGUCGCAAUUGUGGACUUGAAUGACUCUGCAAAUUUAAUGAGACGGCCGAUCACGGCAGACUCUGCAAUAAUGAAUCCGGUGCAGAAGAUCAUUGCGCUCAAGUCGCAGAGACAGCUGCAGAUCUUCAACAUUGAGGCAAAGGCGAAGGUCAAAAGCCAUCUGAUGCACGAGGAUGUCACCUUCUGGAAGUGGAUUAGCAACACAAGUCUGGGUAUCGUAACAGAAGGCUCGGUGUAUCACUGGUCGAUGGAAGGCGAGGCAGGACCUCAGAAGAUCUUCGAUCGUCACGCAUCUCUUGCAGGCGCUCAGAUCAUCAAUUACCGGGUAUCGGAGGAUGAGAAGUGGUUGGUGCUGAUCGGAAUCACUGCCAACAAUGCGCCAGGAGCUUUCAGAGUCAAGGGUGCAAUGCAGCUCUACAGUCGCGAUCGAGGGGUCUCGCAACCCAUCGAAGGUCACGCAGCUUCCUUUGCCGAUCUCAAGACUACGGAUGCGCCAAACCCCUUCAAGCUCUUCACCUUCUCCGUCCGCACGGCCACUGGCGCAAAGCUUCACGUUGUGGAGAUCGACCACCAGCAGGGCAAUCCGACUUUCACGAAGAAGGCGGUAGAUGUAUUCUUCCCGCCUGAGGCAACAAAUGACUUCCCCGUGGCGAUGCAGGUCAGCAAGCGCUACGGCAUUGUCUACUUGAUCACCAAAUAUGGCUUCAUCCACCUUUACGAUUUGGAGUCUGGAACGUGCAUCUACAUGAACCGUAUCAGUGGUGAGACUAUCUUUGUGACGGCUGAGCACGAGACGACCAGCGGCAUCAUUGGGAUCAACAGGAAAGGUCAAGUGCUGUCGGUUUCGGUUGAUGAGGGAACGAUCAUUCCAUACAUUCUUAGGACCCUCAACAACACUGAGCUGGCCUUCAAGCUUGCUUCGCGCGGUGACUUGCCAGGAGCGGACGAUCUGUACAUGCAGCAGUUCCAUCAGCUAUUCAGUACGGCGCAAUAUGGCGAGGCAGCCAAGAUUGCAGCCAACUCUCCCAGGGGCAUUUUGCGAACAACGCAGACCAUCGAGCAGUUCAAGCAGGUACCUAACCAGCCGGGCAGUCUGUCUCCCAUCCUUCAGUACUUCGGUAUUCUCUUGGAGAAAGGCUCUCUCAACAAAUUCGAAUCGCUUGAGCUUGCUAAGCCUGUCCUUGUUCAAGGUCGCAAGCAUCUGCUGGAGAAGUGGCUGAAGGAGAACAAGAUCGAAUGCAGCGAAGAGCUGGGUGACAUCGUCAGACAACACGACAUGAACCUGGCUCUGAGCGUCUACCUGCGAGCCAACGUCCCUAACAAGGUGGUCGCUUGUUUUGCAGAGACCGGCCAAUUCAACAAGAUCGUCUUGUACGCCAAGAAGGUUGGCUACACACCCGACUACGCCGCCCUUUUGCAGCACAUUGUCCGCAUCAGCCCCGAGCAGGGUGCGGAGUUUGCUAGUAGCCUUGUUGGCGAGGAGGGCGGCCCUCUCGUUGACGUUGAGCGCGUGACGGACAUCUUCAUGGGCCAGAACAUGAUUCAACAAGCUACAUCUUUCUUGCUUGACGCACUCAAAGAAAACAAGCCGGAGCAAGCCCACUUGCAAACGAGACUUCUCGAGAUGAACUUGGUCAACGCUCCGCAGGUUGCAGAUGCUAUACUUGGCAACGAGAUGUUCACCCACUACGAUCGCCCUCGCAUCGCCAACCUGUGCGAGAAGGCUGGCCUACUCCAACGCGCACUGGAGCACUACGAGGCCGAUGCAGACAUCAAGCGCGUGGUCGUCCACUCCAACCUUUUGGAUGCUACUUGGCUCGUGGACUACUUUGGACGUCUGACUGUGGAGCAAAGCUUGGACUGCAUGAAGGAAAUGCUGCGCGUCAACAUUCGCCAGAACCUGAGCGUCGUUGUUCAAAUUGCAACAAAGUACUCUGACUUGCUCGGGCCCACGAAGCUCAUCGAGAUGUUCGAAGGCUUCAAGAGCUUCGAGGGACUCUACUACUACCUUGGCAGCGUUGUCAACCUCUCGCAAGAUGCAGAGGUGCACUUCAAAUACAUUCAGGCCGCUACUCGUACCGGACAAAUCCGAGAAGUCGAGCGCAUCUGCCGCGAGAGCAACCACUACAAUGCAGAAAAGGUCAAGAACUUCCUCAAGGAGGCCAAGCUUUCCGACCAGCUGCCGCUCAUCAUCGUGUGCGACCGUUUCGGAUUUGUUCACGAUCUUGUGCUCUACCUCUACCAGAACAUGCUCAUCAACUUUAUCGAGGUUUACGUCCAGCGAGUCAACAGCUCCAGGACGCCACAAGUUAUUGGUGGUCUUCUGGAUGUGGACUGCGAUGAGGGCGUCAUCAAGAACCUUCUCACGUCCGUCACUGGCCCCAUUCCUGUUGACGAGCUCGUAGAGGAAGUGGAGAAGCGCAACCGCCUCAAGCUCAUCUUGCCUUGGAUCCAGUCGCGCAUCGACGCUGGCGCUACAGAUCAGCCCUUGUUCAACGCCAUAGCCAAGAUUUACAUCGACAGCAACAACAAUCCUGAGAAGUUCCUCAAAGAGAACAACCAGUACGAUCCCCGAGUUGUCGGGAAGUACUGCGAGAAGCGGGAUCCGUAUCUUGCGUACAUUGCCUAUGCGAAGGGUUUCUGCGAUGAAGAACUCAUUGCUAUCACGAACGACAACACCAUGUUCAAGCACCAAGCUCGCUACCUCGUUAUGCGCCGUCAGCUCGACCUGUGGUCUACCGUGCUCCAACCGGACAACGUGAACAGGCGCCAACUUAUUGACCAGGUCACCUCGACGGCCGUGCCCGAGUCCACGAAUCCAGAUGACGUCUCCGUCACUGUCAAGGCGUUCAUGGCUGCUGACUUACCCCACGAGCUCAUUGAGCUUUUGGAGAAGAUCGUCCUCGAGCAGUCGGCGUUCAACGACAACCGCAGUCUUCAGAACUUGCUCAUGCUCACCGCUGUGCGCACCGACAAGGGCAAAGUGAUGAACUACAUCGACCGUCUCUCUGGAUACGACGUCGAUGAGAUUGCAAAGAUUGCGAUCGAUCAUGGCCUUUACGAAGAGGCGUUCCGCAUUUUCAGCAAGGCAGAGCAGCACACUGAUGCUAUGAACGUGCUCGUCGAGCAUGUUGUCAGCAUUGAGCGUGGCCAGCAAUAUGCGAACAAGCUGAACAAGCCAGAAAUUUGGAGCCGAUUGGGUAAGGCGCAGCUCGACGGUCUGCGUGUCAAGGAUGCCAUCGACUCGUACGUCAAGGCGGAAGAUCCGAGCAAUUACGCCGAAGUCAUCGAGAUUGCCGAGCAUGCUGGUAGAGAGGAAGAGCUCAUCCGCUUCCUCCAAAUGGCACGCAAGAAGGCGAGAGAGCCGCAGAUUGACACCGAGUAUGCCUACUGCCUUGCCAAAGCCAACAGGCUUGGCGACAUGGAGGAGUUCUUGGGCAUGACCAACGUUGCUGACAUUAUGAGCGUUGGAGAGAAGUGCUUCAAUGAUGAGCUGUACGAGGCUUCGAAGCUCUUGUUCAGUAGCGUGUCCAACUACGCUCGACUGGCCACCACACUAGUAUACCUUGGCGAUUAUCAGGCUGCUGUUGAUGCGGCUCGCAAGGCCGGCAACACCAGCGUCUGGAAGCAGGUCCACGCAGCUUGCUUGACCAAGCGCGAGUUCAAGCUCGCGCAGAUCGCUGGUCUAGCCGUCAUUCCGCACGCAGAAGAGCUGCCCUCCCUGAUCAAAGCUUACGAGCAAGAGGGUUACUUCGACGAGCUCUUGACCCUUCUCGAUGCUGCGCUCGGUCUGGAGCGCGCUCACAUGGGUGUAUUUACGCAAGCUGGUAUCGCGCUCGCCAAGUACCGCCCCGAGCGCUUCAUGGAGCAUCUCAAGCUGUACUGGAGCCGCAGCAACCUGCCUCAACUCAUUCGUACGGCUGACCAGUGCCACCUCUGGGCGGAACUGGUCUUCCUGCACCUCAAGUACGACGAGCCUGACAAUGCCGCUCUGAUCAUCAUGGAGCGCGGUGGUGUGGCUUGGGAGCACGACCUCUUCAAGACGAUCUUGCCUAAAGUUGCAAAUCUGGAAAUCUACUACCGAGCACUCUCAUUCUAUCUGGAACAGCACCCACUCCUCUUGACUGAUCUGCUCACCGUCCUGUCGGCUCGUAUCGACCACGCUCGUGUCGUGCGCAUGUUUGCGCGCAAGGACAAUGACAACCUGCCGCUGAUCCGAGGAUACCUCAUAUCCGUGCAGCGUCACAACAUCGAGCAGGUCAACGACGCGUUGGCAGACUUGCUGAUCGAAGAGGAAGACUACGAGACUCUUCGCUCGUCCAUCGAUGCGUACGACAGCUUUGACGCCAUCUCAUUGGCGCAACGCUUGGAGCGCCACGAUCUGUUGGAGUUCCGCAGGCUCGCUGCCCACUUGUACAAGCACCGGUCAAGAUGGACUGAGUCCAUCGAUCUCAGCAAGAGCGACAAGCUCUGGCGCGACGCCAUCGAGACGGCCGCAGUUUCUGGAGAGGCGGAAGUAGCCGAGGGCUUGCUGUCCUACUUUGUCGAUAUCGGCAUGAAAGAGGCUGUCUCUGCUGUGCUGUUCGCUUGUUAUGAUUUGAUUCACGAAGAUGUCGCCGAGGAGCUCUCGUGGCGACACGCUCUGCACGAUUAUCUGAUGCCUUAUCGAUUGCAACGGAUGCGGGACCGAGACACGCGCUUCAAGGCGUUGGAGAAGGAAGUUCGAGAAAGAUCACUCAAGGAUACGGCGAAGGAGAAAGCAGAGGAGGAUGCGCCCAUCCUCGGCCCUGGAAUGGGCGGCACUCUGAUGAUCACUCAGGGAGCGACAGGGAUGAAUGGUCCACCCGUUGGCGUACAACCGACCGGCUUUGGCAUGGGUUACUGAACCCAUCAACGACCUUCACUUUGUCAGCGGCCAUCCCUUCUCUGCUUUGUAAUUGAACCCACUUGUGCGCGAAAUCCUACCCUUUUGACCCUG